CUCGCUGCUCUGGAGGAAGCUUCCUGAUCACUCCGAGCCCGUUUCUUCCAUCAUCCGUUCCUCUGUUCCUUUGAAUCUUCCAUCCAUCCUUUUCUGUACAGUUCGUCUUUGAGGUAUUUAGAUAUCUCUCAAGGCCCUCCAUCGCACCCGGGUCUCCCCAUCAAUCUUACAGCUCCCUCGCAGCUGUCGCCUCACUCCCCUCGCGACGGCAGUCCCCUUCUCCCAACAGCUAUGGUUGGGCUUGCUUCGGCCGCUGGCCUCGUCGGCUUUCUCUCUGAGCCGGAUCCGGAGUUGAGAGUCUUUGCUUUGAAGACCCUAGAUUCACAAAUCGAUUUGCUCUGGACAGAAGUCGUGGAUGCGGUUCCCCAAAUAGAAGCGCUUUACGAAGAUGAGUCCUUCCCCGAACGCGAGCUUGCCGCCUUGGUCGCCGCAAAGGUGUACUACCACCUUCAAGAAUACAAUGAGAGCAUGGUAUUCGCUCUAGGUGCCGGGAAGCUUUUCCAGCUGGAUAGCGGUGGCGAAUUCGAGGAAACCAUCAUCGCGAAAUGCGUUGAUACCUUCGUCUCUCUCUCGGCGGCACAGCGGCCGGCCGCGGGUGACCAACCCGCCAAUCUCAACACUGCCUUCCCCACCUCCGGUGAAGGUGCCACAAGUACCUCCGCCAGCCUCACAUCUCCAAUCACUCCUUUCUCGCAAUCAGCCUUGCCUUCCAAGUCGCUCUUGUCCAGGCAAGAAGUACCUGGAGUGGAUGCCGCUUAUCCGGGCGGUGAGGACGCGGGCGUAAGCCACGUUGAAGAGACCCCUCUAGUCCUGAAGCGUGGUGUGCAGGGCCAUCUACAGGCAGUUAUCGACCGCUUAUUCGAGCAGUGCUUCGUGCAGAAGCGUUACCGUCAAGUGAUUGGAAUUGCCAUUGAAGCAAAGAAUUUGGACGUACUGCGGAGAACCAUUAUCCGGGCCAGCGAGGAUGAGAAAAAGCAGAACGGCGAGUCGCGGCGGAGCGAGGAACUCAUGGAGUACGUGCUGGAUAUCUGCAUGGGAAUUGUGCAGGAGCGCGGUUUCCGCAACGAGAUUCUCAAACUCAUCCUCGAGCUGCUCAACGAGAUUCCGGCCCCCGAUUAUUUUUCCAUCGCCAAGUGCGUUGUAUAUCUCAACGAACACUCCAUGGCCUCCGUCAUCCUCCGUCAAUUGGUUGAAAAGGGUGAUGCUCGUUCACUUGCCGUCGCCUACCAGAUCUCAUUCGACCUAUACGAUAACAGCACACAAGAAUUCCUCCAGAAAGUCCGCCAGGAGAUCUCCGAAUUCGUGCCAGGGAAUGCCGAGUCCGAACAAGAUACAGCAGAGGGGGACCGUGAGGAAGCACAGGAGUCCGAUCCUUUGUUGGACAGUCAGUCGAGGUCUAUUGGAGAAAAUAAUGCGCGCACGAAGUUCUCGCCUGAAGCGCGCACGGCAUUCAAGAACAUCCUUGAUAUCGUUGACGGUGUGAAGACGAAUCAGUUGAACGUGGAGUUCCUUUACCGGAACAGCAAGGCCGACAUUGCCAUUCUCAACAAGGUUCGAGAUAGCCUGGAAGCUCGCAACUCCAUCUUCCACUCUGCCAUCUCGCUGUCGAACGGCUUUAUGCAUGCCGGCACUGCACGCGACAGGUUCUUCCGGGAAAACCUGGAGUGGUUGAGCAAAGCAGUCAACUGGUCCAAAUUCACAGCCACUGCGGCGCUUGGUGUUAUCCACCGGGGCAACUUGACCCAGGGACAGAAACUCUUGCAGCCGUACCUGCCCAAGGAGCGCUCUAUUGCCGGCGUCGGUGGAGCUGCGGGAGCUGGUGGAGCUGGUUCGAUUUACAGCCAAGGAGGAUCUCUGUUUGCGUACGGUCUGAUUUAUGCCAACCAUGGCGGAAUGGCUGUCAACGUCAUUCGCGACUAUUUCAAGAAGGCUACAGAUGAGGUUAUCCAGCACGGUGGUGCUUUGGGUCUGGGUGUGGCAGGCAUGGCUACCGGCGAUGAGGGAAUCUACGAGGACCUGCGGAAUGUUCUGUACUCCGACUCGGCUAUCAACGGUGAGGCUGUCGGUCUCGCCAUGGGUCUUGUCAUGUUGGGUACCGGUAACAUGAAGGUUCUUGAGGAUAUGAUUCAAUAUGCCCAUGACACUCAGCACGAGAAGAUUGUUCGCGGUUUGGCCAUGGGCAUGGCUCUGAUCAUGUACGGUCGUCAAGAAGCGGCUGAUGAGCUGAUCAAUGGCCUUCUCGGCGACCCUGAUCCGGCUCUCCGCUACGGUGGUAUCAUGACCAUCGCCCUGGCUUACUGUGGUAGCAGCAGCAACAAGGCGGUGCGUAAGCUCCUGCACGUUGCUGUUAGCGACGUGAACGAUGAUGUGCGACGCGUUGCCGUUCUGAGCUUGGGCUUCAUCCUGUUCAGGAAGCACCAGAGCGUGCCUCGUAUGGUGGAACUUCUGUCCGAAUCGUACAACCCUCAUGUCCGGUACGGUGCCGCCAUGGCCCUCGGUAUCUCUUGUGCUGGAACGGGUCUCGAUGAAGCCAUUGACCUGCUUGAACCCAUGCUCAAGGACUCUACGGACUUUGUGAGACAGGGUGCGCUGAUUUCGUUGGCCAUGGUUCUGGUCCAACAGAACGAAGCCAUGAACCCCCGUGUCAGCUCUCUUCGCAAGGUCAUGAUGAAGAUGAUCGGAGAUCGACAUGAAGAUGCCAUGGCCAAGUUCGGCUGUGCGGUCGCCCUUGGUAUCAUUGACGCCGGUGGUCGCAAUUGCACCAUCAGCCUCCAGACCCAGACCGGCAACCUCAACAUGCCCGGUAUCGUCGGUGCUGCUGUCUUCCUUCAGUACUGGUACUGGUUCCCCCUCACCCACUUCCUCUCUCUCAGCUUUGCCCCGACCUCCGUUAUUGGUGUCGACCAGAAACUCGAGGUGCCGUUCUUCAAAUUCCACAGCAACACCAGACCAAGCCUAUUCGACUAUCCUCCGGAACAGCAGGUCAAGGCCGAGGAAGCGCCCGAGAAGGUCAAGACCGCCGUCCUCUCCACCACUGCCCAGGCCAAGCGCCGUGCACAGCGCCGGGAGAAGCAACAACGACGCGAGAGCAUGGACAUCGAUCAGACCCCUACGACUCCCAAGGUGUCAGAUCAGAUGCCGGAUAAGAUGGAGACGGACGAGAGUGCAGUUAAGGUCGAGGAUGAGAAGGACGCUGAGAAGGAGGCUGGAGAGGGUCAGAAGAAGAAGGUUGAACGAGAAAAGGUGGGAUAUGAGCUCGAGAACAUGUCUAGAGUGCUUCCCGCCCAGCUCAAGUACCUCACAUUCCCCGACCCGCGGUAUGAGCCGGUUAAACGGCCUACCGGUGGAGUUGUGGUUGUGCUUGACAAGACCCCCGAGGAGCCCCGCGAGACCAUUGAGAUGACGGCUACCAAGGAGGUUAAGGAGGCUAAGCAGCCUGCCCCUGCACCGGACGCAGGGGAGACUCUGCAGGACCGACUACAGGCUGUCAUGGGCGGAACUGGACUGCAGACCCCUCAGCGUGGUGCUGGCCGCUUUCCCCUGGGUGCCGAGUCGGCCGCACUUGCAGACGCUGCGGCUGCAGCUGGUGUCCUGACGGCCGUGGAUGAGGAUGAAGAAGGCGGAGAGGAGGCCCCUGUGCCGAAUGACUUCGAGUAUGAAACCGAUCCGGAGGACGAGUAGACCUGGCAACCGUAUCUAUAUGCACGGACGGCGCUCGUUGUAUUACUAGGUUAAUUAUGGUUCAUGUCUCAUCUUGAAAGCGGCACCGCUGCCUAACGUUUGGA